CCUAACAUCAGGUCUCCAGACACUUGCAACAAAAAUACGAGGAGAUACCGUCAAAUUUGUCGCUAAGUGAUACUCAUUGCAUUUGCAGCAUCCGCAUGACGUCAUCACUAAGCGACUUUAUUUACUUCUGGUCCAGUUCGCCGCUGUCCCGCUGCAAUGGAAGUAAACAGGGGUGAAGCGGAGCGCUGCAUUGACAUUGCAACGGCAGCGUUAACCAGCGGUUAUCCGGAAAAGGCGCAGAGGUUCCUGGAGAAGGCGCAGAGACUCUUCCCGACAGAGAAGGCGCAGGCACUUCUGGAGCUAAUAGCAAAGAAUGGAUUCACACCUCGACAAGGCGGUUACUCAGACUUCAACGGGGUCCCAGGGCCUAGACAGCGACAGCCAGCCAGUGAGAACACCAGACCUGAAGAGAAGCCUUCGGAAACGUCAAAACCUUACACAGCAGAUCAGCUAGAGGCAGUACGAGGGAUUAAACAAUGCAAAGACUUCUAUGAAAUUCUGGGGGUCCAGGCAGACGCCUCUGAGGAUGAACUCAAAAGAUCGUACAGAAAACUCGCUCUGAAAUUCCACCCGGACAAAAAUCAUGCUCCAGGGGCUACAGAGGCUUUUAAAGCAAUUGGGAAUGCAUAUGCUGUUCUGAGCAAUGCCAACAAAAGACGACAAUACGACCAGUGCAGAGAGGAGCGGAGAAAUCCUUCUGGAUACAGCCCUGAGAAUGAGAACUUUGAGCCAGAUAUUUCCCCUGAAGACCUCUUUAAUAUGUUUUUUGGAGGAGGAUAUCCGACAAGUAAUGCUAAUGUGUAUCCCAACGGGCGGAUGCGCUACCCGAGGCGGGAGAGAAGAGAGAGGCAGCGAGAUGGAGGCCUUGCUCUCUUUGUGCAGAUCAUGCCCAUCCUCAUCCUGGUUAUUGUGUCGGCUCUCAGUCAGAUCAUGGUCAACAGCCCCCCCUACAGCCUCAGCUUCAGACCGUCAGCAGGUUACACCCAGAAGAGGCUGACAGAGAACCUGAAGGUGCCAUAUUAUGUCGGGGAGCAGCUCUCCAAAGAGUUGACUGGAGGGAAUUUGAAGAAUCUGGAGCGGACAGUGGAGGAUGAUUAUAUUUCCAACUUACGCAACAACUGCUGGAAGGAGAAACAACAAAAAGAGGGCAUGCUUUACAGAGCUCGCUAUUUUGGAGACACAGAUCUGUAUCAAAGAGCUCAGAGGGCUCGCACACCGAGCUGCGCCAAGCUGUCUGAGAUCACAGCUUCGUUACACGGAUGAGGCUGCUUUCGUAAAAAAUAUGUCCAGGAUUAACACUAAAGAUAGUUGGCUGUAAAUACAUGAGCUUUAAUAUCUGAAAAAUGAAGACGAAUCAACAAGCAACGUGAACAAACCAGCACCAGUCUGCUUCAAAUCUAUCACAGGAACUGGGUGAAACCAUUUCUGUGGAACUUAAGUCUGUGAAAUUAAAAUAUAAACUUAUUUUAGCAUUUUAAAAAGAAAAAUAGCUUGUCCUCCUGACAAAAACUGGGUACGGAUGAUCUCCGAGCCCCGGUUAAACCUGAGAGCCAUGAUGAAGAAGGCUGAGGCCUCUUCAUAGUUUUUGUGUGAAUGCGGCAAGAAACCAGAGCAUAGAUGUAGUCGUACGGAUGUUAUUGAUGUAGCAGCUGAUUAGUUACCACAGCCAAUGCUUCCUCUUUCUUUCCACGCAGUCAUAUCAGCAGGGGACGCAGUUUGAGGGAGAUUUGCUGUUUUUGCUUUAAAUGCACAUUCUGAAACUAUGCAGGAAUAAUGUGAAACCUCUUACGAAUAUACACUCAUGUCUAGGUUUUAUCACACUUGAACACCUUAUUUGUCUUCUGCUGCUGUGCGAGAGAAAAACGUAGGAAAUGUCCCUUUACACUUUGCCUCUUUAAACUGUAUUAAGUAUAGAAUUGCAUAGUGUAUAUUUAUGGCAUUUCCUUAUAAAAAGCCACACGAUUAAUAGGUAUAGUAGCCCACUGAGUGUGGAGUUUUGCAGCUAAAUGUUUCUGAUGAAUGACUGUUGCAAAAAGCAUUUUUGCCACACUUUAUGUCUAUAGAUUGCUAUUUAUUUUAAGUGUUAUUUAUGAAAGAAAUGUAUCAACAGACUAAGAAAAUAAUACAACCCUUGCUCACUUUUUUCCACCCUGUUUUUACUCCCCUGAUGAAAAUAAAAUAUGAAUGCUCAAA